UAACUCCAAAUUUCAAGUUAUGGAUACUUUUGUUUUGAUUCCCAAGAAUCUAUUAAAACUAGACAUAAGUCAGCAACUGGAUAAGUGAAGGCCAAAACACUGAGCAUCAGGCCUCCAAAAAUAAAUAAAUAAACAACAACAACAAAAAUCUACAGCAGAUUAUCCUCAAGAAAUAGGGAAAAAAAUCCAACAAAGUCCUGACCCAGGACCUGAGCGAUGUAUUUGGCCCUUCAGCUGAUCCAUGAAGUGACCUCAGUGGAAGAGUGGCUGUCAGGAAACCUAAAGGAUGGGAAACAGGGAGAAAAGACUGAGGUAUAGCAAAUUACACAAGAACUGGACUGAAUGACUAGACUGUUUUGAACACAAGAACCAAGGAGUUAGGAGCCGGUGGUUGAAAAAUGGUUGAAAUUAUGAAAGCAGAAAAGCAUGGUCAGAUUUUCAUCCACCGUGCAAGACAAUCUAGAAAGCAUCUGAUUGGCAACAGCUUCCUCUUUCAGCAUGACAAUGAUCCCAAACAUAUGGCCAAUGCAGUAAAAGCACACGUGGACAGCAAAAACGCAAUUGAACACUAUCAGUCAUGGAUCAUGGAUCAGUCAUGCAUCAAGAUUAUUGGAGCAGUGUGGGAUCAGACAGAGAACAGAACAAAAGGCAGAAACAUCCAAAGAAGUGCCUUGAAUAUAUUUCAAGAAGUCUGGAGAACUAUUACCGAAGACUGCUUAAAGAAAUAAGAAGAAAGCAUGCCGGAGUUCAGCCUGUGUUAAAAAAUAAAGGUGGUCAUACCAAAUACUGACUUUCAGGCUUGUUAGAAUUGUUCAAACUCCAAUUUUUUCCUUACAUACUGUAUUUCUAUGUGUGUGUUUGCACAUGUUUGGACAAGUCAAUGUGCCUGUUUCUCAAUUUCUGAGCAAUCUAUUUGAGGUAAAGCUAGCUGGAUUGUCAACAUUUUUUUCUUCCACAAGCUAUUUGCCAUUGCAUAACAGCAAAGCAAGGAUGUCCUUGUUAUGGAACUUCCAGAGACACUACUGAGAGUAAAGACAGCAGCUUCUCCCUCAGCAGCAGGUAUUCAGCUCAGCCAUGCUGGAAUGCCAGCGUGGUUGGCAUGCUGGUCAUGCUGUAGAAUGAAGUUUGGACCAAUAAUCAUCUACUUCCUGACUGUAUUGCGUGAAGGAUAAUAAUCUAAACGUCUAAAGUGCCUAAGACCUUUGCCCUGUAGGGGAGAGUGAGGUAAGAUGAGCCAGUGGGUAAGUUGAACCACCCCUUGUAUCUAGGUAACUGUGUUCAUGUUUUGUCAUGUGACCAUAAAUCCAGGAAGCACUCAUCAUUUCCAUCCUACUAUAUUAAAGAGGAGCACAUUGGAGAAGGGGUAAGUCUGUAUUACACAAAAAAAUGUUUUCUGCUUGUCAAAGUAAAAUUUCUGCAUAUCAGGUAAAUUGACUGUAAUAUUAAAACAAAUGUAUCUGUGUCUAAAAUGAUAUAUUAUACAUGUUGGUGGGUUUCUAAAAUAUAAUAUAAUCUGAAGAAGUUUUCUAAAGAUUAGCCUAAAUUGCUAAACUAGCCCGUUUUUUUCAAAAUGGUGGCUAUGGGGCAAAGUGAGCCAAAGCCUAUGGGGUAAAUUGAUCCAAUGGUUCAACCUACCCCACCAUAAGGCACUGAAAUUUAUUUAAGGCUCUGACUUAUUAAAUAGUAUUUUAGUUCAGUAUACUGAACCCUUUUGUUGUAUUUGUCAUAUGUUAACUAUUAUAGAAAAGAUAUCAUGCCAAGGACCUACAGACGGAAGACCAGCUGGGGCUCAACACCCCUGGAGGAGAUUGAAAGGGCAGCGAGUGAAGUCAAGGGAGGAAAGUCCAUAAGAUCAGUGGCUAAAGAAAGACAAAUUGACAGGUCAACAGUCAGGAGAUAUAUUAAAAAGAGGGACACACAGGAGGUCAAAUCGGUUGGCUAUAGUGGAACAGCUUCAGCAAAGAGAGUCUUCUCUGAGGAGGUGGAGAAGGAGCUAGCAGAGCAUAUCAAGAAGCUUGCAGAGCAGUUCCAUGGCAUUUCCCCAAAGAAAUGCCGUGAACUGGCAUUAGAAUUGGCAGGCAGAAACAACAUUCCUACUCCCAGCAACUGGACAGAGAAAGGUUUAGCCGGUAAAGAAUGGUUCAAGAAUUUCUUGGCACGCCACCAUCUCUCUUGCCGUAUGCCUGAGGCAACAUCUUUGGGAAGAGCUACAGCCUUCAAUAAGACUACAGUUGGGGAGUUCUUUGACAAUCUGGCUAAAGUGAUCGACAGGUAUAAAUUCCCCCCAAACAUGAUUUUUAAUGUUGACGAAACAGGUGUAACAACAGUACAGACACCAAAGCAGGUAGUGGCAGAAAAAGGAAAAAAACAAGUGGGCUCCAUCACAUCUGCUGAAAGAGUCGAACUGGUGACUGUAGUCUGUGCUGUCAAUGCGACUGGUAACGCAGUCCCUCCGAUGUUUAUCUUCCCAAGGGUUAGAUACAAAGACCACUUCAUUGCAGGAGCACCUCCGGGAUCAAUUGGUACCACUACAAGAUCAGGCUGGAUCAGUGAAGAUGUCUUUGUUGUGUUCCUUGAACAUCUGGUUCAGCAGACCAAGUGCUCCCCUGACCUGCCACUGCUGCUAAUCAUGGAUAACCAUGAAGCCCACAUUUCACUGAAGGCUUUGGACAUAGCAAAAACAAGUGGUAUUGUAAUGCUCACAAUUCCACCCCACACUUCCCAUCGCCUUCAGCCUCUGGAUAAGUGUGUGUAUGGUCCAUUUAAAACCUAUUACAACAGAGCUCUUGAUGGCUGGAUGAGGUCCAACCCAGGCAAAACUGCCAGCAUAUACCAAAUUGCUGGUUGUGUGAAUGAUGCUUUCAUGUCAGCAAUGACACCACGAAAUAUCUCCUCGGGAUUUAGAGCCACUGGGAUUUUCCCUUACAACAGAGAUAUCUUCUCUGAUGCAGAGUUUGAGCCAUCCAUGGUGUCAGACAGGCCCAACCUGGAGCAGCAGCCUGCCGCUGAAGGUGUUGCACCUGUGGUUUCAGCCUCUCUUUCUGCUGAGCUACCUUCACCAGACCCUGUACAUGCAUGUGGUUCACGAAGUGACCCCAACCAUGCUCGAUAUGUGUCUCCCACUGAUAUUCUACCCUUACCCAAAAGUCAGCAGCCCAGGAAACAAACAAAUCGAAAGCGUGUGAAGACACGAAUCCUGACUGAUACACCUGAAAAGCAGGCAAUUGAGAGACACCAUGAAGAAAGGACAAAUAAACUGAAAGGCAAAAAAGAAAUAAUCCACAAAAAGCAAGGAAUGUGGAAGAGGAAACAAACCCAGACAAAAAUUGCAGUGGAAAGCAGCUCUGAGGAGAGUGAUGUUCCCAUCCCAUUUGAAGACACUUCUGAGUAUGAGAGUUCCAGCGAUGAAAGAAGUGAACCAGAUGUCUCAGACCUGGUAGUUGGUGACUUUGUCAUCGUAAGAUUUGCAUCCAAAUCCAGGAGCCACCAUUACAUUGGCCUGGUUGACAGCUUUGCAGACAACGAAGUGAGUGCCAGAUUUCUCAGAAGAAUCCGAGGGAUCACUAGCAGUAAGAAACCCACGUUUGUGUUCAAGGAAAAUGAUGAGGCAUCUUUCCCACGCAAGGAUGUGCUGAAGAAGCUACCUCAACCUCAACAGGCUGGAGGAACUGCAAGGAGGGAGCAACAGUUCAUAUUCCCCUGCAACCUUGAUCAUUGGAAUAUUGAAUAGUUCUUUUGAAUAAAUGGUUUUGAACUGGUGGUUUGUUUAGAAACCACCAGUUUCCAGGUUUGUUCUCACAGGUUUACAACUGUUAAAAUGGUUUGUUUUCACAAUAUGAUCAGUUUUACAUUUUAAAAACUACAUGGUCAGUUUGCCCCAAGAUGGCUCAGUUUACCCACUGACUAGGUUCAAUUUACCCCUAAUCUGGGGCAAGUUGAGCCAAAGGAGCAUUUUUUUUUAAUAGGUCAUUAUUUUGGGCAGCGUCAUCAGACAUAGAUUCUGAUCAUUACAUUUGAAAGGAGACAUCCUGAAAUAAAGGAAUAUGUUAUCAUUCUA